GGAUCGCUCGGUUCGCCGCCUCGCCCGCCGCUCUCUACCAAAGGUGGUGUUGCUGGGGGCCGCGGGAUCUCUCCCAGGAAAGCCCCGCGAGCCCCCCGAACUGGGCAGGAAUUGACUGGAAACUGGCGGCGGCGGCGGCGGCGGCCGAGGGUGGAGCCAGUGGGCGGGGCUGGCAGGGAGCGAGCUAAGCAGGAGCCAGAGAAAGAAAGAAAGAGAGACGCGUGAGCGCUCGCAGCGCAGAGGACAAAGAGAGAGAGCCCGGCACCGCCCGCGUGGAGGCUGCGGCGGCCGGCCGGCCAUGGGCAAGGCGAGAGCGGGACAGCGGACCGGCCCCCCGAGCUGCCUCAUCUCUUGCUAGGUUGCGCGCCCGCCGCGCUGGACUGAAGGCUGGGGGCGGGUGGGUGGCGGGCGGGCGGCAGGGAGAGGGAUGGCUCUGCCGCCGUCCAGAUAUGGGGCUCCUGCGAGCGAUCCCUGAUUUCGGCGCUGGAAGAAACGAGAAAGCGUUCCCAUCAGCACCGCCAUCGGUUCCCCAAAGCCCUAACCUAGCAAUGGGAAGAAGUUGGGCUGGGUGCUGGUGUUACUGGUCGUGCCAACCCAAGUAUCCAAGAACUUGGGCAGUUGAAGAAAAGAGCAAAGGUCGUGUCUAUGAACUUUCCCAGCAUUCUCCUUUCCUCCAUCGGGCUCCUAUAGGGACAAGAACUCCUUCUUCUUCUUCUUCUUCUUCCUCUUCUUCUUCCUCUUCCUCUUCUUCUUCUUCCUCUUCUUCUUCUUCUUCUUCUUCGUGAAAGGCUCAAGAGUUGGUCUUCACAUCUGGUGAACCAUUUCCAUGGCCACAACUGCCAAGGGCUUACAGAAGACUGUGUGACUGAAAGACUGGCAGCACUCAGACGUCGGCUCCCGCCAGCACUGCCCCAGACUGAAGUAGCACCAACGGAAGCAUCUGUUCCAUAGUGCAGGCCAGGGAGACUGAGAGACACUUAUGGCCCCAUCGGCAUGAAUAGGUUGCAAGGAAGGCAGAGACAAUUUCACCUGCAGAAGUAAGCCUUUCCUUGCCUCUUUGCAGAAGAGACCUGAGAAAGUGGGAUCUUUCUUUCUCUCCAAGCUGGAUCUAAGAAGGACUUUAAAUUCAGAGUCUGUCAAGAGAAGCCUCUGAGGCCCUGCCCUAAUUCCCAGUGUAAAGAUGGUGAUGUCCCACGGCACCUACACCUUCCUCACCUGCUUCGCCGGCUUUUGGCUUAUCUGGGGGCUCAUUGUGUUGCUAUGUUGCUUCUGCAGCUAUCUGCGACGACGUAUGAAACGGCGACAGGAGGAGCGGCUGCGGGAACAGCACCUGCGCACUUUGGAAAUGGAGCCCUUGCAUUAUGAGGGCUAUGGGGGCCCUGCUUAUGGGGGCCCCGCCUAUGGGGGAGGUUACAUCAGAAGCCCACCAGGCAUUCCCGUGCCCCACCGACUCCGCAUUGAGCCCCACCACCCUCACCACCUCCCACCCCCAAGGCCCUGGAGCUGUAGGCAUGAGCCAGACCCAUCUAAGCCUCCAUGCUACGAGGAAGCAGUGCUGAUGGCUGAGCCACCACCACCAUACAGUGAAGUCCUGACAGACACACGUGGCUUAUACCGCAAGAUCAACGCUCCCUUCCUGAGCCACGAGCAGCCUGAGAAGCAGGAGCAGCCUCCCAGCUAUAAGCCCCUUUUCCUGGAUCGGGGCUACGGCUCAGCCCUCCACCUGCCAAGCUCAGCCGGGCAGGGCCCCACCUGCACCAACCUCUACUUGGAGUCGGAGCACUCACAACGUAUCUUCCCAAGCUGGACAGACUCUGAACUCAGCACCAGAGACAGCUACGAGCCCGGGCCCUGGCAUCUGCCCGUCUCAAUGCCUUUAUUUGGCAGGACUACGGCAGUGUAGCGUGCCAUACUGCGACCUACGUGGGACUCUGGUUGCUGCAUGGAUCUGAGCAGCCUGUUCCCUUGGUCUGUGGGAGCCACCACGUCCCGUAGCCCAAGCCUUCCAGACAUGUCUGGGCCACAGUCUUCACAGCGCAAAGAUCCCUGUUGCAACUGACCUCUUUGGCCAGGGCGAGAUUGGGGCUGGUCUCCCCGUCUCCCCCACUUCCCUUUCUCUGGGCCCACUACUGGCUCUGUUGGUGCUGACUGUAAGGGGGGCCUCUGGCUUGGCCUAAACUUUGUUAAAACAAUCUUUUGUUUGUUACAUUUUGACAACAAUAAAGUUUGUGGAACCUGAUUUAUUACAAA